AUGACCUGGGCUAGCGGGCGCCUCAGGGUCUGGGGGAGCCUGGUGCUGCUGGGCCUGUGCAGCUGUACAGGGGCCAGGGCGGCUGCCCUCAACCCCGUCAGAAACCUUACUGUGGAGGCCUGGACCACCAGCUCCAUCACCCUGAAGUGGGCGGUGCCUGAAGACCCUGACCCUCAGCGCUACACGUACUGGGUCCGGUGGACUGGUGAUGGUGUUACAGCUGGGCCUCAAAACACUACCAAUACCAGUGUCAGAGUGGAUGCCCUGAAACCAGGGUGCUUGUAUCAAUUUGUUGUGUGGGCAGAAAAGAAUGCAGUCAAUAGCUCUGGGGUGCCUUACAAUGCCAGCACAGCCCCCAACCCCGUCAGGAACCUGACUGUGGAGGCCUCGACCAGCAGCUCCAUCACCCUGAAGUGGGAGGUGCCUGAAGACCCUGCCCCUCAGGGCUACACGUACGGGGUCCGGUGGACUGGUGACGGUGAUGCAGCUGGGCCUCAAAACACUGCCAAUACCAGUAUCAGAGUGGAUGCCCUGAAACCAGGGUGCUUGUAUGAAUUUUCUGUGUGGGCAGAAAAGAAUGGAGUCAGCAGCUCCCCGGAGACUCUUAAUGCCAGCACAGCCCUCAACCCCGUCAGGAACCUUACUGUGGAGGCCUGGACCACCAGCUCCAUCACCCUGAAGUGGGCGGUGCCUGAAGACCCAGACUCUCAGGGCUACACGUACUGGGUCCAAUGGAGUGGUGACGGUGUUGCAGCUGGGCCUCAAAACACUACCAAUACCAGUGUCAGAGUGGAUGCCCUGAAACCAGGGUGCUUGUAUGAAUUUUCUGUGUGGGCAGAAAAGAAUGGAGUCAGCAGCUCCCCGGAGACUCUUAAUGCCAGCACAGCCCUCAACCCCGUCAGGAACCUGACUGUGGAGGCCUGGACCACCAGCUCCAUCACCCUGAAGUGGGCGGUGCCUGAAGACCCUGACCCUCAGGGCUACACGUACUGGGUCCGGUGGACUGGUGACGGUGUUGCAGCUGGGCCUCAAAACACUACCAAUACCAGUGUCAGAGUGGAUGCCCUGAAACCAGGGUGCUUGUAUGAAUUUUCUGUGUGGGCAGAAAAGAAUGGAGUCAGCAGCUCCCCGGAGACUCUUAAUGCCAGCACAGCCCCCAACCCCGUCAGGAACCUGACUGUGGAGGCCUGGACCAGCUGCUCCAUCACCCUGAAGUGGGAGGUGCCUGAAGACCCUGCCCCUCAGGGCUACACGUACUGGGUCCGGUGGACUGGUGACGGUGAUGCAACCUGGUGUCAAAACACUACCAAUACCAGUAUCAGAGUGGAUGCCCUGAAACCAGGGUGCUUGUAUGAAUUUUCUGUGUGGGCAGAAAAGAAUGGAGUCAGUAGCUCCCUGGAGACUCUUAAUGCCAGCACAGCCCUCAACCCCGUCAGGAACCUUACUGUGGAGGCCUGGACCACCAGCUCCAUCACCCUGAAGUGGGAGGUGCCUGAAGACCCUGACCCUCCUGGCUACAUGUUCUGGGUCCGAUGGAGUGGUAACGGUGAUGUAGCUGGGUCCCAAAACACUACCAAUACCAGUAUCAGAGUGGAUGCCCUGAAACCAGGGUGCUUGUAUGAAUUUUCUGUGUGGGCAGAACAGAAUGGAGUCCGUUGCUCCCCGGAGACUCUUAAUGCCAGCACAGCUCCCAAUGAGGUCAUGCACCUGCGAAAUGAAACUCAGACCAACAACUCAGUCACCCUGCGGUGGGAGGCCCCCACAGACCCCCACUCUCAGUUCUAUGCAUACUGGGUCCAGUGGGCCGGUGGAGGGCAUCCCCAGAGGGAACGAGAUCCCCAAGGACAUCAGGACAACCAGACGGGCAGGACCAAUGAGACUUGGUAUGAGGUGGAGGCCCUGGAACCCGGAACUCUGUACAACUUCAGCGUCUGGGCAGAGAGCAACAGUGUAAACAGUUCCACACAGAGUCUCCAGGCAUCCACAGCCCCGGAUCCCGUCACCAUCACCUCCUGCAUCAGUGCCUCGGGGGACCAUGGGGUCAUCCUGACCUGGUCCUGCCCCCGAGGAGGCUAUGAGGCCUUUGAGUUGGAAGUGGGCAGGCAGCAGACCUCCCAGGACAACUCCUCCUGUGGGAGGGGCGUGAAGGUGUCAGGACUCAGGCCCGCUCAGUCGUACUCAGCCACCGUCAUGACCGUCUGGGAUGGAAUGAGGGCCCGGUCUGCCUCCGUGACCUGCCACACUGGGAACACAGGGGUUGUCGCCGGAGUCACAGUCGGCGUCCUCCUGUUUCUCAUCCUGGUGGGCCUGCUGGUUUUCUUCCUGAAGAGGAGGCAUAAGAAGAGAGAGAAGCAACCAGCACCCUGGGAUCUGGUGUGCAGCAUCCCACGGGACAUCCUGGCUGAAGAGUUUGCCACUCACGUCAGGAACAAUGAGAAGGACAGCUGCCGUGGCUUUGCCAAGGAGUACCAGCAACUGGCCCUGGAGGACCACAGGCAGUCCCAGACAGUGGCCUCAGCUCCGGAGAACAGCGCCAAGAAUCGUUACAGAAAUGUGCUGCCCUAUGACUGGUCCCGCGUGCCCCUCAAGCCCCUCCCUGGGGAGCCAGGCUCCGAGUACAUCAACGCCAGCUUCAUCCCUGGUCUCUGGAGCCCCCAGGAGUUCAUUGCAACCCAGGGCCCCCUUCCCCAGACCGUGGGCGACUUCUGGCGCCUGGUGUGGGAGCAGCAGAGCCACACCCUGGUCAUGCUGACCAACUGCGUGGAGUCCGGCCGGGUGAAGUGUGAGAAUUACUGGCCUCUAGAUGCCCAGCCCUGCACCCAUGGGCACCUACAAGUGACCCUGGUGGAUGAGGAGGUGAUGGAGAACUGGACAGUACGAAACCUGAAGCUCCGGCAUAUGCAAGAGCAGGAGACUUUAUCCGUGCAUCAGUUCCACUAUGUGACCUGGCCAGACCACGGCGUCCCCCACUCCCCAGACCCCUUGCUGGCCUUCUGGAAGAUGCUCCGGCAGUGGCUGGACCAGACCGUGGGGGGAGGCCCCCCCAUUGUGCACUGCAGUGCUGGUGUGGGCCGCACGGGCACCCUCAUUGCUUUGGAUGUCCUGCUGCGGCAGCUGGAGUGUGAGGGUUUCAUUGGGCCCUUCAGCUACGUGAAGAAGAUGCGAGAAAGCCGGCCACUGAUGGUGCAGACUGAGGCCCAGUAUGUGUUCCUGCACUGGUGCAUCCUUCGGUUUCUGCAACAGCCAUCCCCAGCGCCCGCUGAGGAGGAGGUCAUGUAUGAGAACCUGCUUUUUGAGAAUGUCGCUGCUACAGAGGCCUAA